GUGUAAUCCAGAGAAAAAUUUUUAGACAUCUUUGAUUAUAUUUGACACUGAGCAGUCAGGGGAUUCAGGCAUAUGAGGAGGUACUGUCACACAAAACAGUGUCUAGUGAAGACGACAAGAAAGAGAGAAAAGGAUCGGAAAAAGAAGCUAAAAUAUCAAAGGAAACCAUGAGAUCUAUUAGAUCUUUUGCCAAUGACGAUCGCCAUGUUAUGGUGAAACAUUCAACAAUCUAUCCAUCUCCAGAGGAACUUGAAGCUGUUCAAAAUAUGGUGUCUACUGUUGAAUGUGCUCUUAAACAUGUCUCCGAUUGGCUGGACGAAACAAAUAAAGGCCCAAAAACUGAGGGGGAGACAGAAGUAAAGAAAGAUGAGGCUGUGGAAAACUAUUCCAAGGAUCAGGGUGGCCGGACAUUGUGUGGUGUCAUGAGGAUUGGCUUAGUUGCAAAAGGCUUGCUGAUUAAAGAUGAUAUGGACCUGGAGCUGGUUUUAAUGUGCAAAGACAAACCCACGGAAACCCUGCUAAACACAGUCAAAGACAACCUUCCUAUUCAGAUUCAGAAACUGACAGAAGAGAAAUACCAAGUGGAACAAUGUAUAAGUGAAGCUUCCAUUGUAAUUCGGAACACAAAAGAGCCCACACUGACUUUGAAGGUGAUACUUACUUCCCCUUUAAUUAGGGACGAAAUGGAGAAGAAGGAUGGAGAAAAUAUUAUGAUGAAAGAUCCUCCGGACUUACUGGACAGGCAGAAAUGUCUGAAUGCCUUGGCUUCUCUUCGACAUGCAAAAUGGUUUCAGGCAAGGGCAAAUGGAUUAAAAUCGUGUGUUAUUGUCCUCCGCAUUCUACGUGAUUUGUGCAACAGAGUACCCACAUGGGCACCAUUGAAAGGAUGGCCACUAGAGCUUAUAUGUGAAAAGUCUAUAGGUACUUGUAAUAGACCUUUGGGCGCUGGGGAGGCCUUGAGACGAGUAAUGGAGUGUUUGGCAUCUGGAAUACUACUUCCUGGGGGUCCUGGCCUUCAUGAUCCUUGUGAGCGAGACCCAACAGAUGCUCUGAGCUACAUGACCACUCAGCAAAAAGAAGAAAUCACUCAUAGUGCACAGCAUGCACUUAGACUAUCAGCCUUUGGCCAGAUUUAUAAAGUGCUGGAGAUGGACCCCCUUCCGUCUAGUAAGCCUUUUCAGAAGUAUUCCUGGUCGGUUACUGAUAAAGAAGGUGCUGGGUCUUCAGCUCUAAAGAGGCCAUUUGAAGAUGGAUUAGGGGAUGAUAAAGAUCCCAAUAAGAAGAUGAAACGAAACUUAAGGAAAAUUCUGGACAGUAAAGCAAUAGACCUUAUGAAUGCACUAAUGAGGUUAAAUCAAAUCAGGCCUGGGCUUCAAUAUAAGCUUUUGUCACAGUCUGGCCCAGUCCAUGCCCCAGUCUUUACAAUGUCUGUAGAUGUGGAUGGCACAACAUAUGAAGCCUCAGGACCAUCCAAGAAAACAGCAAAACUUCACGUAGCAGUGAAGGUUUUACAAGCAAUGGGAUACCCAACAGGGUUUGAUGCAGAUAUUGAAUGUAUGAGCUCCGAUGAAAAAUCAGAUAAUGAAAGCAAAAAUGAAACAGUGUCUUCAAACUCAAGCAAUAAUACUGGAAAUUCUACAACUGAGACCUCCAGCACCUUAGAGGUAAGAACUCAGGGUCCUAUCCUUACAGCAAGUGGCAAAAACCCUGUAAUGGAGCUCAAUGAAAAAAGGAGAGGCCUCAAGUAUGAACUCAUCUCAGAGACUGGUGGAAGCCAUGACAAGCGCUUUGUAAUGGAGGUAGAAGUAGAUGGACAGAAAUUUAGAGGUGCAGGUCCAAACAAGAAAGUGGCCAAGGCAAGUGCAGCACUAGCUGCCCUGGAGAAGCUGUUUUCUGGACCCAAUGCAGCAAAUAAUAAGAAAAAAAAGAUCAUUCCUCAGGCAAAGGGUGUUGUGAAUACAGCAGUAUCUGCAGCAGUUCAGGCAGUUCGGGGCAGAGGAAGAGGAACUCUGACAAGGGGAGCUUUCGUUGGGGCUACAGCUGCUCCUGGCUAUAUAGCACCAGGCUAUGGAACACCAUACGGCUAUAGCACUGCUGCCCCUGCAUAUGGUUAAUACUUUUAAGCAGUUUUCAGCACGUUUAUCUCACUUUAUUCUCGUUCUCCUCGGACCUCCGUAGCCAUAUCACUUGUAUAAGAUAGGCUGAGAUAUAGUGACUGUAAGCUGUGAUCUCAGUACACAAAGGUAAGCUCUUUUAUUUUCUGAUUAAAGAAAAAAUAACCAAUUAACACAACCUGCAUAUAUGACAAUCAUAUGAUGUAUUUGAUCUCUUAGGUCUUAUGUCACUGCAUUAACUUUACAUUUUUAUGGUCUAAAUGUAAAAUAGUAAUUUUCAGCAUUUGUUUUAAUACUCUUGUAAAUGCUUUUUAUUCAAGAGAAACAUUUCACAUUCACUGACUCAAGUGUAUGUGGGUAGAAACUUGGGAUAUAAUGUAUAUGUAAAUUAUACACACAGAGGCACUUGUUUGAAUAUAGUAAUUCGGUGGUAGGAACACUUUAAGAAGAAUUACAAUGGCGGGGCACUCUGUUGGCCAAGGAGCUGGGAUUUGAGGAGCAGUAACACUAGAGCAGUGCUGUAGGAUUCAUUUGUGCAGUUCCUACACAGGCUGAGAGCGGAAGUGCCAAUCUCUCCAGAGGAGAACCUUCUCUGACCUGUGCUGCAUGUCCCAAUACAGCAACAGCAAGAAGCCAUUAACAACAACAGCAAUAGAAAAAAAUAAAACAGACAAAACUAUUAACUGUGAGAAAUAUGUGUAACUGGUUGAGUUAAGCUAAUUAUUUGCAGAAUCAACUUGAGCAAGACUCAGAAAGGUGAUACUGAGUCCACAGAAACUAAAUCGACUUAAGGAAUUUGUCUGUCAUUCUAAGUUAGGUAGUAACUAGAGUAUUAUUUCUCACUAUAUUCAGUCAUUGACAGUUCAUUUCAAGGAAGUAAGGUUAGGUCAGAUCUUUAAUAAGGAUUUGUUUCAUUUAGUAUACCCCAUAAAUAUACCACACUAUGUUAGAUGUUUGUGUUCAAGCUGUAUUUAUACAGAUAGAUACAUACAAAUAAAUUUGAUGUUUUACAGUUA